UUGCAUAAGCUUCCAGCCAGACAUCUGCUUGCGGUUGCUUUAAAAAAAAAAAUCGGUUUAUAUUAUUAUUUAUUAUUUUUAUUUUUAAACGACAUUGAUAUGAAAUAAACAGCGCGUGUCAGUGUUGUGCUGUGUGGAGCACUGAUCAGCCACAGAUUGUCAUAAUGUUGGCCCGCAAAGGCCUUUUGCCUGAUGGUUUCCUUUUGACACGACUCGCAGAGGAUGCCACACAACCCAGUCACAUCCGGCCAAAGUCACAGCGGGCACGUUUCAUCACCAAGAGCGGGUCUUGUAAUGUUGCCCACAAGAAUAUACGAGAGCAGGGCCGGUUCCUCCAAGAUGUUUUCACCACUAUGGUGGACCUGAAAUGGCAGCAUUCCCUGCUCAUCUUCACUUCGGCAUUCCUCUGCUCCUGGAUGCUCUUUGCCAUGGUGUGGUGGCUCUUAGCGUUCGCUCACGGCGAUCUGGAGCCUCAAGAUCACAACGAGCCCGGACCUGUGCCGUGUGUCACUUCCAUUCACUCCUUCACGUCUGCCUUUCUGUUCUCCAUUGAGGUGCAGGUGACUAUUGGUUUCGGAGGACGAAUGGUGACGGAGGAAUGUCCCCUGGCCAUCAUAGUCCUCAUUAUCCAGAACAUUCUGGGCUUGAUCAUCAACGCCAUCAUGCUGGGCUGUGUAUUCAUGAAGACAGCUCAAGCCAACCGGAGAGCAGAAACCCUCAUCUUCUCGCGUAACGCAGUCGUUGCACCGCGGAACGGCCGACCAACGUUCAUGUUCCGUGUCGGGGAUCUAAGAAAGAGCAUGAUCAUCUCGGCCACCAUACAGCUGCAGGUGAUUCGGCGGACAGUGACUGCGGAGGGUGAGGUGAUUCCCGUUUGUCAGCUCGAUAUCCAGGUGGAAAACCCUCUCAGAAGCAAUGGCAUAUUCCUCGUCUCUCCACUUAUAAUCAGUCACACCAUUGACAGAGGAAGUCCGCUGUACGAGGUCUCAGCACAGUCGCUGGCUACCGAAGACCUGGAGAUCAUUGUCAUUUUGGAAGGUGUUGUUGAGACCACUGGCAUCACAAUGCAGGCCCGUACAUCCUACACACCAGAGGAGAUCUUGUGGGGUCGGCGCUUCGUCUCCAUUAUGACAGAGGAGGAUGGGCGCUACUCCAUCGACUACUCCAAAUUUGGAAACACUGUCCCAGUCCGCAUGCCAGCUCUCAGUGCUAAGGAGCUGGACCACACCAGAGGUGUGCAAGACAGUGGACCCCACGAGGGUAAACCUCAGGGCUGGGGGCUUGUGAGGGCGGGACGGGGCGGGUACAGGAGGGGUGGUGGCAGGGCCUGCGAUGACAUGGCAGCCAAGCCUUGGUACGUGCCAGCAGAGAAGGAGGAGGAGAAGAAGGGUCAAAAGAAAACGGUGAAACUUGAGGAAAUAGGCAGAGAGACUGAAGAAGAAACAAUGGAGGACAUGAGCGAUUAGAACAAAAACAUUUAUUUGGUUUUUCAGAUAUGGAAGUAGAAAUAACCUAGCAGUUACUUGUAACUAGUUUGCUUGAAGGGUUAGUUCACUCAAAAAUGAAAAUUCGGUCAUUAUU